CACACAAGUGGAAGGGGAAUAUUGUAUUCUUAGUUUCGUUUUCCUUUUGGACGUAUUGUCACGUGACAACUAGUAUAAGUAGUGAGAAAGCACAAGACCUUUAGGUUUUCAAAGAAGAAUGGUAAUUUCAGAAUAAGAGGGGACAGAAAGUGUGGAAGACUUCUGUAGUGUACAUAAAACACGCACUUGUGCUAUCUGCAAUUAAUUAUAUGCGAAUAGUUUGUUGCGAAUAUAUCCUAAAUUACAUUAUUCUUUGUGUUCUAUUGAAUUUUUUUCGUAAUGGCUACGAUAACGUGCUUACCUCAGGAGGUGAUUACCAUUAUUCUCGGCUACAAUGAUAUCAGCGUUGAGGAUAUUAUUAACUUCAAAUGUGUGUGCAAGCAAUUCCGGUGGGCAGCCAAAUAUAACAAGUACAUGGAAAAAAAGUUUUCUCAGAGAUGGCCUUCUGCGAAGAAACUUUACGACAAGCAGUGUAAGGAAAAUGAGCACGAAAAAUCUAAAGAGAAUGAACAGAAGAAUAAAACAAGCUCAAACUUUAUGGAAACAGGCACAAAUUGUACGAAAGAAUUACGGAAUUAUGUGUCUCAAAUACUUCAUGAACAUUACAAUAACAAUGAGAUAAUCGAUAAUUUAACAAAAUUUCAUCGCAUAUUUCAUUUAGAACAUUUACAAAAUAAUCUUAAUAAAGUUUGUGAGCCUGAAAAUUUCAUAAAAUAUUCUUUCUUCAUUGAUGAGAUUAAAAACUUGCUUAUACAAUCUCCACGAAGAACUGGUUGCGAUCUAACCGAAAGAUAUUGCAAUAUAAAAAUGUUUCACUAUAUGAGGCACUGUUUGGUGAGAAAUAAGUUGUAUAGAUACACAAAUCAAUCUUACAAAAAUCAGCUUUUGGAACGGAUUGUUACUAUGGCGGCACAAUUACUUCAACCCGAAAAGGAUGUCUUUUACUCGAGCAUAAAGACAUCACUAGAUAGUAUCGCAUUAGAGGUACUGGAUUACCUCAGAGAAAAACAUCCCAACCAUUCGAUAUUUUCGAUGUCCGCUGAAAUUUUUUCAUAUUGGGAAAACAAUCAUAUCGAUAAUAAUCAGUGGAACGAAGCAGGAGGGACGCAGAUUAUGGACAUACUCGAGGAAUAUAUACUUGGCAAAUUUCAACUAUGCAAAUGGGGAAUGUCUUCCAACACAAAGUUGGAAUACUGGUGUAUAGAUAAUGUCUUAAAAAAUAGAUAUGGCCAAGAAUUAAUUUUAUUAAUAAUAUAUCACAGCGUGGCCAGAAGACUUGGUCUACGUUGCGAUGUAAUACGUUUUGGUUUUCCUACUUCUCACUUCUUUAUUGUUUGGAAACCAAACUUUGCCACGUAUAGUUCAAGAAAUACAAGAUGUUUUAAUAUAAGUUCUAAGAAAUUUUUGUCUUAUUAUCUUGUUGUCAGGGAACUGCUACACAGGAUACAUUCAAAUAUUGGAAACUUCGAUGGAUUAUUAAGAGCUAGACGGUUUUGGCAACAAUUAGUAUUAUUAGCAUUAGAAGAUAGUAAACAAUAUAAUAACGCUUUUACGCCGUAUGGAUUGAUUCCAGUGAUUGUAUACGACAGUAUAAAUGUGUUCAGCCUUCGCGUUAAAAAAGCAGAGCUAUAUACAAGACCAGAAGACGUAAAAUUUGCGGUUGGUAUGAUAGUGACACAUCAACCUACAGAUUGUGCCGGCGUAAUAGUAGGAUGGCACCGACAUCUUGAUAGACAUCUUGUUACAUUCUCCGCAAAGAGUGUGCCGGGUUCUGAUAUGCACAUAUAUGAACUGCCGUUGAAUCAUAGUCGUAAUUGUAAUUUUAUAGAGAAACAAACAAAUUACAUAAUUCUUACGGAAAAUAAUAAAAUGUAUUAUGUGGAAGAAGAUGCUAUAACUUUAACAACGCCGAGAUGGAUCGAUAAUAGUGAAAUAGGUCGCUAUUUUUAUAAAUUCGAGGGCACGCAUUACGUACCAAAUAAAAUGCUGGCGAAACUUUACCCGCAGGACACCGCUAUAACUGCACAGCACCAUUGCAGCAACAUUGCAACAUUGCAGUAAUAUUGAUGCA